UGUGGGGGCGGGACUACAGAGAAGCACACAGGUACUCAGCUGAGAGGCAGAGGCGUUGAUGAAGAAUGUGCUUGUGCUGUUAAAAUGAAAGUUGGACCAGUAACGGGAUCAGUAACGGGAUCUUAUCCACGUACAUGAAAGUGUUUCCGAGCUCCACUGACACCUGGACAACACCACAACAACGGUUUCCACCGGAAACUCGAGUUCGCGCUCUAUUUCUUGUGUUCGCGGGAGUGUUUGUUUCUUUGUUUUUGGUUUUUUGGAUUAAAACAGUCUGACGAUGUCGCCCAAAUCCACGUUUCCGGCCAUUUUCUGGUGUGUAGCAGCAGGUGUGGUGGCGUGUUACGCGCAGGAAUGUGGCAGACCACCUCUCAUGGAGAACAGGAUCGUGGGAGGGGCGGACUCUGAGGACGGGGCGUGGCCCUGGCAGGUGGACAUACAGACCACGAGUGGCGGUCACGCGUGUGGAGGCUCCAUCAUCACAGAGAGCUGGGUCUUAUCUGCCGCUCACUGUUUCCCAAAUCCGUCAGACGUGAGCUCCGUCAUCAUCUACGCCGGGCGGCGCCAGCUGAACGGGUUCAACCCGCACCAGUCCACACACCGCGUCGUACAGGUGGUGGUCCCGUCCGGGUACACGGAGCCUCACAGCGGGAGCGACGUGGCCCUGGUGCAGCUGACGCCCCCGGUGACCUGGUCGGAUCACAUCCGUCCCAUCUGCCUGCCAGCAUCCAGCACGCUGUUCCCCAGUGGCAUGACGUGCUCCGUCACUGGCUGGGGAAACAUCAGGGAGGACGUCCCUCUGUCAGGAGUCGGGACUCUGCAGGAAGUGCAGGUGCCAAUCAUCUCCCAGGCCUCGUGUCAGAGCAUGUACCAGGUGAACCCGGCCGAGCAGGUGGACAUCCUCUCUGACAUGAUCUGUGCUGGAUACCAGGCGGGCGGCAAGGACUCCUGCCAGGGGGAUUCAGGAGGACCUCUCAUGUGCCAGAUGGUGAACGGGACCUGGGUGCAGGCAGGAGUGGUGAGCUUCGGCCUGGGCUGCGCUCAGAGUAACCAGCCCGGCGUGUACGCCAGAGUCACCAGCUUCACCAGCUUCAUCACCAACACCGUCCCAGAGGUCCGUCUGUACGGCCGAGCCCAGCGCCACUGGUGUGGGACGACGGCAGCGGCCGUGGUCACCUGUCUGUCCGCUCUGCUCGUCUGGCUGCACAAUUAAAUCACAUUGAACGUGUUUGUUUGGGAAGCAGGAAGUGAAUGAGUGAAUGUCUUCGUUAAAGGGAUAGAACGUUACUGCUGAUGACCAGAGUUUCAAAUAUGACACAAACGAUAAUAUAAGUCAGUAUCUCAAACAAAAAUCUGAAUGAUCCCGUGAAGUCUGACGCGUGAACAAACGAUGAACACACUAAACAGCUUUGAUAGGUUUGUAUUUUUAACUAGAAAAGGAUUCAAGUAAAUCAAAAUGUUUUAUAUUUGAAAUAAAUUGUUAUUGUGAUAAUUAAAAUCAUCUCACUAAACCUGUA